AUGACCAAUAACUCUUGUAUCGUCAUUGUCUCUCUCAUUGGAGUUCUUUUGUUCACCAUCAUUUCAAAUGUGGCAUCAUCUAACGACGUCGUUUCCACCAUCUGUCCAAAAACUUCAAACCCGCCGUUUUGUUCAAGUGUGUUGAAAUCUGCAGGCACUGCAGAUCUAAAAGGCUUGGUUGUAUACACCUUAAACCUUGCCCAUACAAAUGCUCGCAAAUCUUUGACCUUAGCCAAGUCACUUGCAACAACCACCACCAAUCCUCAACUUAAGCAACGAUAUUCGUCUUGUGCUGAGAGCUAUGAUGAAGCUGUUGGUGACAUUGAAAAUGCCCAAAAGGACUUGGCACUUGGUGACUUUAAUGCUGUCAAUAUUGUAACUUCUGGUGCCAUGACAGAGAUUGACGACUGUCAGGAUAAGUUCGCGCAGCCGCCGAAGGAUACGUCGUUGCUUUUGAAGAAUGGCAAGACUCUAAACGAUAUAUGCAGCAUUAUUUUGAGCAACGAGAAGGCCGUGGGCGAUAUUGAGAAUGCUAAAAGUAAUUUGGCCAUUAGAGAUUCCAAUGGUGUCGAUAUGACAACUUAUGGCAUCAUGACAGUGGUCGACGACGGUUAA